UACCUUUUACAUUUUUUCUUCUAUAUCAAAAGGUGUCCAGACAAUACAGAAGAGCAAAAUCUAACACAUGUCUUAGAAUUCCAUCUUCUGUGACUCUCAGAGGAUCCAGAUCUUCAAUCCAUCCUCUUUGGCCUGUUCCUGUCCAUGUACCUGGUUACAGUGCUUGGGAACCUGCUUAUCAUCCUGGCUGUCAGCUCUGACUCCCAUCUCCACACCCCCAUGUACUUCUUCCUCUCCAUCCUGUCCUUGGCUGACAUAUGUUUCACCACCACCACAGUCCCAAAGAUGACUGCAGAUAUUCAAACUCACAGCAGAGCCAUCUCCUAUGAGGGCUGCCUGACUCAGAUGUCUUUCUUUAUGCUUUUUGGUUGUUUGGAUAGUCUGCUUCUGACUUUGAUGGCUUAUGACCAGUUUGUGGCCAUCUGUCAUCCCCUGCACUACCAGAUCAUUUUGAACCUAUGCCUUUGUGGCUUGUUGGUUUUGGUGUCAGUCCUCAUCAGCCUUUUGGUCUCCUAGCUGCAUAAUUCAAUAGUAUUACAACUUACCUACUUCAAGAAUAUGGAAAUUUCUCAUUUUUUCUGUGACCCUUCUCAACUCCUCAGCAUUGCCUGUUCUGAUACCUUUACCAAUAACAUAGUCAUGUAUUUUGUUGGUGCUAUAUCUGGUUUUCUUCCUAUCUCAGGAAUCCUUUCCUCUUACUAUAAAAUUGUUUCCUCCAUUCUUAGAGUUCCAUCCUCAGGUGGCAGGUAUAAAGCCUUUUCCACCUGUGGGUCUCACCUGUCAGUUGUCUGCUUAUUUUAUGGGACAGGUCUUGGUGUGUACCUUAGUUCAUCUGUGUCAAUGUCUCCUAGGAAAGGUGCCGUGGCCUCGAUAGCAUACACUGUGGUCACUCCCAUGCUCAACCCUUUCAUCUACAGCCUAAGAAACAGGGACAUGAAAAGGGCCAUGUGGAGACUUGUGAGGAAAGUCUAA